CUGAUAAGCCAGCAACUUUAGUUAUCCUUCCCGGCCAAAAAGGAAAAUGAAAUUGCGUUUUCAUAGAUAAUUUCGUGGUUUUGCUUGAACUACCCAGUGCAGGAUCUGAUGGAGCACUCUGAGCUCUAACGGCUGCCUUUUAGGAGAAAUCAGGAGCUUAGCAGAAACCAGAAGAAGCAACAGGAGGUUGAUCUGGGCUAACAUGGCGAGUCGCAGCAGGUUGCCAGCUCCCGAAUUAAUGUAAAGCGAAACAAAACUGGAAAGGGCAGGGACGCCUGUUUGGAGGAGUUUUACACAGCUUGACAGUACAUGGAUUUCCGGAGUUGACCAGGACUGUAACACCUCCGCUAAAGCCGUAUGGCGUCCACUCAAGCCCGGUUAGGCCAGCAGGCCUUAGCGUUGCUGGAUGUGGCUCUAAGAGUCCCCUGUAUUUUCAUUAUCGACGCCAUUUUUAACUCUUACUACGACCAGGGAUCGGGAUGGGUCGGGGCUACGGGAAGAGUGUUGGUCAGAGUUCUAGGUGUCCUCAUCUUCACUGUGGUGCUGCUGCUCUCCCAGAAAGCCUUGUUCAAGUUCUACACCCUCUUCCUUGCUGUCCUCCUUGGCUUGGCAGCAGUUCUCAUAAACUACUACGCCACCUCACACAUAGACUUCUACAGUGUGUACUACAAAGCAGCACUGGGAUUCAGGCUGCUGCCCAGAAACGGGGCAACGCUGUGGCUCGGCAUGGCUGCUGUCCAGAUGAUCUUUGGCAUUGGAUAUGUGUUCCUCCUCAAUCUUCAAUCAGUGUUUGCGGCGCUGGUGGUCUUGGACAUCAUGAUCCCUCUGUGGGGGAUGAUGAUAGAGCUUCCCGCGGAUGUCAGGCAUAUGAUAGCGGUCGUCUCGGGCUUGGCGCUCGCUCUCAACACGGCCAUCUGCCUCGCCAUGAGGCUCAAGUGGUUCUACUACUCGUGCCGAUACGUUUACCUGCUUGUGCGGCACAUGUACAGGAUCUACGGGCUUCAGCUGCUGCUGGAAGACACGUGGAAAAGAAUCCGGUUUCCCGACGUCCUGCGAGUGUUCUGGCUGACCCGGGUCACCGCCCAGGCGCUCAUACUGGUUUAUGUUGUGCGAGCAGUGAGGAGGGAGAGUGGAGAUGCAGCAGGUGGUGCAGCGGAUGUGAGCUCUGAGGCACAAGGUUACCUGUUCAGCUGGGACGUGUUCUGGGAUCUGACCAGCAACCUGAUCAUCUCUGGAUGCGAUUCCACUCUGACUGUGCUGGGGAUGAGCGCGGUCAUCUCCUCCAUGGCGCAUUAUCUCGGCCUCAGCAUCCUAGCUUUUAUAGGUUCUACUGAGGAAGAGGACAAGCGCUUAGGCUUCGUGGCUCCUGUUUUGUUCUUCAUUCUGGCUCUGCAGACUGGCCUCAGCAGCUUGGAUCCGGAGGAACGUUUGGUCCGCCUGAGCCGGAACAUGUGCCUUCUACUGACGGCCAUCCUGCACUUUAUUCACGGCAUGGCCGACCCCGUCUUGAUGUCUCUCAGCGCAUCCCAUGUCUCCUCCUUUCGGCGCCAUUUCCCCGUCCUGCUGGUGUCUGUGGCCCUUUUCGUACUCCCAGUGGUACUCAGCUUCGCCCUCUGGCACCACUACGCCCUCAACACCUGGCUCUUCGCCGUCACGGCCUUCUGUGUGGAGCUCUGUCUCAAGGUCGUGGUGUCCCUAACUGUCUACGGUCUCUUCAUGGUUGACGGGUUCUCCAACAUCCUCUGGGAGAAGCUGGAUGACUACGUCUACUACGUGCGCUCCACCGGCAACAUCAUCGAGUUCCUGUUCGGAGUCAUCAUGUUCGGAAACGGCGCCUACACCAUGAUGUUCGAGUUGGGAAGCAAGAUCCGUGCCUGCAUGAUGUGCCUGCACGCCUACUUCAACAUCUACCUUCAGGCCAAGAACGGUUGGAAGACCUUCAUCAACCGCCGUACCGCGGUUAAGAAGAUCAACUCCCUGCCAGAGGUUCGAGGGGACCAGCUGAGGAACAUAGAGGACGUGUGCGCCAUUUGUUACCAGGAGUUCGCCAGCUCGGCACGCCUCACGCCAUGCCACCAUUACUUCCACGCGCUGUGCCUGAGGAAGUGGCUCUACAUCCAGGACACGUGCCCCAUGUGCCACCAGAGAGUUUACGUCGAGGACGAGGGCCGAGACAGAGCGGCCUUCUCCAACAACAACGGGGGCUACGCGGCGCCGCAGGACGGCGCUGCCGCAGACCCACCAGCACAGGGCGAAAACCAGCAUGGACAGCCAGUUGCCGAACUGCUACCAAACGGAGCGGCAGGCGGAACGCACGCUGCAGGAGGACCACCAGGGCUUGACGAGCUGGUGGAGGACAAUGACAGCAUAGAAUACGACGAAGACGAGUGGGGGACCCAGAAUGGCAGCACGCCAAUAGAAGAAGAGUAUAUCAAUGACGACACAGACUCUACAGAAGACUGACGAGAGGAUCUAUAGAAAUUAAUAUACAUAUAUCUUUAUUAUAUUUAAGUGAAAAAGAACUAUUAAAAACUUCAGACAAUUAUUUUGUUCCAUGGAAAAUGUCAGGGAUCUCAGUCUCUUUGUUUCUCGUUAGUUUCUUCUUAGUUUUACUCUAUAAGGGCUUGUGGAAAGAGUAAAAGCUGCUCUCCUUCUGUGUGCGUGUUGAGUGGAUGCGUGUGCAAGAUGUAGACCAUUAUCUCAUAAUGCUCUUUUCAAAUUUCCAUCAAAAGGUUAUCAGAAAUCCAGAUAAAAAUCUUCCCAUGAGGGCGCCGCUUUCUUUAAAUGAUUUUCUGGUUGCCUUGACUUGGUUUUACAGAGAUCACUUUUUCUUAAGGGUUUCUCUUUAAAGGCCAUCAGGGAAAGGGUGUCAUCAUUAAGCCUCUGUGGCUGUGUGUCGACAUUUAAUGUGCUUAGACGGCGUCUUAAAAAUGGCAGACUCCCUUGUAAUUUGCGGAAAAUGCUGGAUAGUUUAAAUGGCUCAGCUGAUUUAUGAUUAAUCACAUUCAAGCUUUCAAUUCGUUUUGGAUCCGUUCUUCUGUCUUCUCAUUUGUCACCUUAAAUGUUCGAUAAACCUGCUGUUUUAUUUGGCCAAAAAUAAUUGGUUUUUCAGUCCGAAGUAAUUGAUUUAAUAUGCCAAUGAAGAUUCCUGUGGCUGUUUUUUGUGAAAGCUACACAAACUCAAACCAGCUUUGACUUCCCUUCAUGACCCAACUAGUAAAUUGAGAUUGGCUCAGGUUUGUGGUAAACUCAGUAUUUUUCUCUUUUAUUUCAACAUGCAAGUGAAAUUGUUGGGAAAUAGCCCUGUGGGAGGAGGGCACUCGCUGGUGAAAAAAAUCCAAGAUAAGUCUGAUACCAGAAGAACUUGCUACUGUAGUCAAUGAUAUACCUCUCAUUGCUAACUACUGGUCUCUUCUGUGACCUCACUUAUUGUGUACGUUGUCGUACAUAUAAUGAAACCUGUGCACAUGUUCUCUUUAAUAUUAAAGGUUUUAGGUGAUUUGUUUCUAAUGACAGCUUUUUCUGCACAAAAGUUAUUAAAUUAGGUUGAAAGCUUGUUUCAGGUGCGGAAAGAGUCACACAGAGUAAGACUACUGGUUCUACAAAAGAAAUUUCUAGUUAUUAUGUAAAGAAUGAUGCCAACUGUACUGUUUGCAGUAGUUGAAAGGGAAAAAGUAUUUUUUUAUAUAUCAGGUGAAAUAAUUUUUGCUGGAUGGAUGUAAUUUUGAUGAUUAUCAGUCAUUAAACACAGUCUUGUUUCUAAAUAGCAUUACUUCUCAAUGUGUCCCUGGUGCAAUAUGGCUAGAGGGGUGAGCUUCUUGUCCUACUGGAGGAAUCGACGAGUGUCUUCACUAAAAUGACGGGGGCUUCUAAAACUGCAACCACUGUUUUCUAACUGUGCAAAUACACUGUCAUAUAUACCAUGAUGCAUAUUGCAGUUUUGAGCAACUCUGUUUUCUGGAAAUGGAGUUUUCGCUGUUGAAAAGUUUUGGAACUGCGACUCGGGCGAAAUAAAAAGUUGUUGCCUUUCUGCCUUGAAAAUAAAACGUGAUCAACCUCAGACCCUAAAAACCCUAACGGGGAAUUUGUACAUUAAAAAAGAAGAAAAUUCAGGCAUCAAUCUGGGAAUUGGAUUUAAAAAGAAAAUAAAAGAUUAAAUCAUCUUGAAUGUUGUGAGGGUUUAACUAAAAGCUUUUAUGAUCAUAACUCAAAUACUGGUAGCUGAACAUAAACCUGAUCAAGUGUUAAGGAAUGUCAUUGGAAGCUGUGCAUUUUGAUCUGUUAAAGAUAUGAAGGAUUUUGAUUAGUUUAAUCUUAACAUUUUUGAAAGGUAAAGGCUGUUCAUUUUGCCUUUUGUUUUCAAAAUAUUUAUGUAAAUAAACUUGUCUUUGAUAUUGCA